UUUGAUUGGAAGGCGGCAAAGGCUUUAAUCUCCGGCUAAUUCAGCUGCUUUUGAAGUGAGUUUCUCCGCCAGAUCCCGGGCUGGAUGGGCAGCGGCUCGCAGCGCAGCUGAGCGGCGGAGCGCAGCGCCCGGCCCCGCUCAGCCCCGCCGAGGGCAGCCCGCAGCGGCCCCGGGGCACGGCGGCACACGCUCGCAGCCCCCCCGCCUCCAGCGCAGCCCACGGAUUACUCGGCUUUUUUUUUUUUUUUCCUCCUUUCCUCCUCUUUCUCUCCGGCCAGCUCCCCCUCGCCCCCCCGCUCCCCACCCACGCCCUCCCCGCCGGAGCGAGCAGCAGGACGUUUUAUGGUUGUUUUCCCGCUCGGGGGGCGUGCGGCUUUUUUCCCUCCCCGCCCGCAGAAGGCGAGCGAGCCUUUCCGAGUGCGAGCGGCGCGACUUGCCCCAGUUUUCAUGCGAGGUUUUGGGUCAUGAUCACAUCGCCCUCGCUUUCUGCUCCGAGAAGUAGUAGUAAGCGCAGCAGCAGCCUCAGCGAGCCCGGAGGCAGCCCCCGCCGCAGCCGCAGCGCCGCCGACCUCGCCGGGCCGCCCGGGCACGCUGGGAAUAGCGGCAGCAGCAGCAGCGCCGCCGCCAAGCCCGGCUUCCACGCCGUGCCCCCCUCGGACCCGCUACGCCAAGCCAACCGCCUUCCCAUCAAAGUCCUGAAAAUGCUCACGGCGCGGACUGGACACAUUUUACACCCCGAGUACCUGCAGCCUUUACCCUCCACGCCCGUCAGCCCCAUCGAGCUGGAUGCGAAGAAGAGUCCCCUGGCCCUCUUGGCACAAACUUGCUCGCAGAUAGGGAAGCCAGACCCGUCCCCUUCCUCCAAACUCUCGUCGGUCACCUCUAAUGGCUCCGGAGGCGACAAGGACUCCAAGUCGGGCCCCCUGAAGCUCAGCGACAUCGGCGUGGAGGACAAGUCGAGCUUCAAGCCCUACUCCAAGCCGGGCGCCGAGAAGAAGGAGCCAGGGGCGACGGGCUGCGCGGGCGUCCCCGCCACGGGGGUCGCGGCCGGGGAGAAGUCAGGAUUCCGGGUGCCGAGCGCCACCUGCCAGCCGUUCACCCCAAGGACAGGCAGCCCCAACUCCAGCGCCUCCGCCUGCUCGCCGGGGCUGCUGCCGGCCGAGGGCAAAGGCGGGGAGGACAAGAAGGACUCGGAGGGCUGCGGAAAGAGCGGCAGCUCCGGCUCGGAGGGAGGCCCGGGCACCACCAGCAUCAGCCACAGCCGGAUUAGCGUGAGCUGUGCCGGGAUUAACGUGGAGGUCAACCAGCACCAGGAGAGCGCGCCGGGCUCCAAGCCCAUCGCCUCGGACUCCGCCUCCUCCUGCAGCAGCACCACCGCCACCUCCUCCACCUCCGUCCUGGGCUCCGGACUCGUAGCUCCCGUCUCCCCCUACAAGCCGGGCCAGACCGUCUUCCCCCUGCCCCCGGCGGGCAUGAGCUACCCGGGUACGCUGGCUGGAGCCUACGCCGGCUACCCGCCGCAGUUCCUGCCGCACGGAGUGGCGCUGGACCCCACCAAAUCCUCCAGCCUGGUGGGAGCCCAACUGGCCGCCGCCAGCAGCCUGGGCUGCAGCAAGCCGGCGGGGUCGAGCCCUCUGGCGGGCGCGUCGCCGCCGUCGGUGAUGACGGCCAGCCUGUGCCGAGACCCCUACUGCCUGAGCUACCACUGCGCCAGCCACCUGGCCGGCGCCGCCGGCGCCUCCUGCGCCCACGACCAGGCCCUGAAGUCCGGAUACCCCCUCGUGUACCCCACGCACCCCUUGCACAGCGUCCACUCCUCGCUGACCGGCGCCACGCCGCCCUCGCUGGCCGGCCACCCUUUGUACCCCUACGGCUUCAUGCUCCCCAACGACCCCCAGCCGCACAUCUGCAACUGGGUGUCGGCCAACGGACCCUGCGACAAGCGCUUCGCCACCUCGGAGGAGCUGCUUAGCCACUUGCGGACCCAUACUGCCUUCCCGGGCACCGAUAAACUCCUCUCCAGCUACCCCAGCUCCUCGUCGCUGGCCAGCGCGGCGGCCGCGGCCAUGGCGUGCCACAUGCACAUCCCCACGACGGGCGCCCCGGGCAGCCCGGGCACGCUGGCGCUGCGCAGCCCGCACCACGCGCUGGGACUAGGCAGCCGCUACCACCCCUACUCCAAGAGCCCGCUGCCCACCCCCGGGGCCCCCGUGCCCGUGCCCGCCGCCACGGGACCCUACUACUCCCCUUACGCACUCUACGGGCAGAGACUCACCACAGCCUCGGCGCUAGGCUACCAGUGAGCGCAGGCGGGGCGGCUCCGGUGCAGCCCGGGGCCUGGCGGGGAGGGAAGGGAGCCCUCCGAAACUUUAUAAAAGUUGGAAAGGAAAAAAUAAAAAAAAUAUUAAAAUCGGACUUUUUAUAAAAUGGUGUUCAUUUGAGGACUGGAUCCAUGAGCACUGUAUUUAUUUAUGUUAGCUUCAAGCGGGACAACGACUCAUAAAGUGCAUUACCUAUUGAGCUCAGUUAAGUAAAAGUGGAACACCCAUUGUAGAAUAUAAAUAAAAAGAUAGAGGUCUUCUCUUUAAUGUUACUUUAAAAUUGCUAUGAUUGUAUUGUACGUUCUUAUUUAAUGUCUCAUUGAAACAAAAAAUUUACAUGCAUGUUUGUUACUAAAAAACAACUCGCAAUUUGUCAGUUAUAAUUUCAAAUUGCAAUUAUUUUUAAGGUGUAUACCCUUGAAAGAGAAUUGGUAUUUUUUUGUAUGUAUUCUGGAAGAAAAACAAAAACAAUUCUAUUCCAAAAACCUCAUUUGCCUUAUUUUGUUCUUUAAAAGGAACAUAACUAUUUUUAAUUUUUAAGUCCACCCUGUAAAAAGGGUUAAGGUUUACGUCAUGUACUAAAAUAGACAAUGUAUUGCUUUAAAGAUUAAAAUUCCGUAUAUUUGAUGUAUUAAAAGGUUUUACUUUUUUUUUUUUAAAUAUGCUUUGAUUCUGUUAUAAACCCGAGUAGGUCUUGGGUGGAGGCGAUUGCUAAUUUCUCCUUAAGCGUUUAUUCAAUUUUAAUU